CCGGCCCGUCCCGGGCUCGGCCGGCCCCCGCGCCCAGGCGGCUGCUCCCUGCUGACUGGGGUGUGGGCGGGGAGCGGCGGAGGCAGGAGGAGGCGCUGCUGGCCGCCGCCGUUGCCUCCGCUGCUGGGCUCCUGGGCAGCUCCCGGGGUUUCUGCGGCCGCCAUGGACGAGCAGGCGGGUCCCGGCGUCUUCUUCAGCAACAACCACCCGGGCGCCGGCGGUGCCAAGGGUCUCGGGCCUCUGGCGGAGGCUGCCGCGGCCGGCGACGGGGCGGCUGCGGCGGGGGCGGCGCGAGCCCAAUACAGCCUCCCUGGGAUCCUGCACUUCCUGCAGCACGAGUGGGCCCGCUUCGAGGUGGAGAGAGCCCAGUGGGAGGUGGAGCGGGCGGAGCUGCAGGCCCAGAUUGCCUUCCUUCAGGGGGAAAGAAAAGGUCAAGAAAAUUUGAAGAAAGAUCUUGUGAGGAGGAUCAAAAUGCUGGAGUAUGCUCUUAAACAGGAAAGAGCCAAAUACCACAAGUUGAAAUAUGGGACAGAAUUGAAUCAGGGAGAUAUGAAGCCUCCAAGCUAUGAUUCUGAUGAAGGUAAUGAAACAGAGGUACAGCCACAACAAAACAGCCAGUUAAUGUGGAAACAAGGUCGACAACUACUCAGACAGUAUCUACAGGAGGUGGGUUACACGGAUACUAUUCUAGAUGUGAAAUCUAAACGAGUACGAGCUCUCUUGGGCUUUUCAAGUGACGUCACGGACAGGGAAGAUGACAGAAAUCAGGACUCAGUUAUAAAUGGCACAGAGGCUGAAGUUAAAGAGACAGCAAUGAUUGGAAAAUCCGAGUUAACAGAUUCUGCCUCCGUGCUGGAUAAUUUCAAAUUCCUUGAAAGUGCAGCUGCAGAUUUCAGUGAUGAAGAUGAAGAUGAUGACAUUGAUGGAAGAGAAAAAAGCAUCAUUGAUACUUCAACGAUCGUUAGGAAAAAAGCAUUGCCUGAUAGCAGUGAAGAUCGAGAUACAAAAGAAGCCCUAAAGGAGUUUGACUUCUUGGUUACGUCAGAGGAAGGAGACAGUGAGUCUAGAAGUGCAGGCGAUGGAACGGAAUGGGAAAAGGAAGACCAGUGUCUCAUGCCUGAAGCCUGGAAUGUGGACCAGGGAGUAAUUACCAAACUCAAGGAACAAUACAAAAAGGAGAGAAAGGGGAAAAAGGGGGUGAAGAGAAAAACUACCGAAGAUCUGUUUCAGCCUCUAUCCUAUAUAAAACAGUCAAAACAGGGAUGUGGGAGAAUGAAGAAUCAAAGUUCAGGGCCCAAUAGGUCAAAACUACAAGAUAUGCUUGCUAACUUGAGAGAUGUUGAUGAACUUCCCUCGUUACAGCCAUCUGUGGGUUCACCUUCCAGACCCACCAGCUCCAGGCUUCCAGAACACGAAAUAAAUAGGGCAGAUGAAGUGGAAGCAUUGACCUUUCCUCCUUCUUCUGGGAAGUCCUUCAUCAUGGGAGCAGAUGAAGCCCUUGAAAGUGAACUGGGACUUGGAGAAUUGGCUGGACUUACAGUGGCCAAUGAAGCAGAUUCACUAACUUAUGAUAUAGCGAACAAUAAAGAUGCAUUGAGGAAGACAUGGAACCCUAAGUUUACAUUACGAAGUCACUUCGAUGGUAUUCGAGCCCUUGCUUUCCACCCCACUGAGCCCGUUUUGAUAACAGCAUCAGAGGAUCACACAUUAAAAAUGUGGAAUUUGCAGAAAACAGCCCCAGCCAAAAAGAGUACAUCUCUUGAUGUGGAGCCUAUCUAUACAUUCAGGGCUCAUAAAGGACCAGUGCUCUGUGUGGUGCUGAGCAGCAGCGGCGAGCAGUGCUACAGUGGGGGUGCCGACGGACUGAUCCAAGGCUGGAAUACCACCAACCCCAAUGUCGAUCCCUAUGACUCCUACGAUCCUUCUGUUUUAAGGGGCCCUCUGCUGGGCCACACCGAUGCUGUCUGGGGCUUGGCUUACAGUGCUGCCCAUCAGCGCCUGUUGUCCUGUUCAGCAGAUGGCACUCUCCGAUUAUGGAAUACAGCCGAGGCUGCUCCAGCCCUAAGUGUAUUUAAUGAUAAUCAAGAAUUGGGAAUCCCUGCGUCUGUGGAUCUAGUGAGCAGUGACCCGAGCCAUAUGGUAGCAUCGUUCAGCAAAGGAUAUACAAGCAUCUUUAACAUGGAAACGCAACAGCGCAUUCUCACUUUAGAAUCCAACCUAGAUACAACCACCUCUUCGUGUCAAAUAAAUAGAGUCAUCAGCCAUCCUACUCUUCCCAUCAGCAUCACUGCUCAUGAAGACAGGCACAUCAAAUUCUAUGAUAACAACACAGGCAAACUCAUCCACUCCAUGGUAGCCCAUCUAGAAGCUGUUACAAGUUUAGCAGUUGAUCCCAAUGGCCUGUACUUGAUGUCUGGGAGUCAUGACUGUUCAAUACGUUUAUGGAACCUAGAAAGUAAGACGUGUAUCCAAGAGUUUACAGCUCAUCGGAAAAAGUUUGAAGAAUCAAUUCACGAUGUAGCUUUCCACCCAUCCAAAUGCUAUAUAGCCAGUGCUGGGGCUGAUGCACUGGCCAAAGUCUUUGUAUGACACAAUGCAUCAUCUUCACCUUCUAGCUCUUUAUAAAUAAUCAACUGCACAAAAGAGAUACAGAAGACCAGGGCAAGAAUCAACCUGUCCUGCCCUUUUGUUCUGCCGAAGGAGCACAGAGAACAUUUGUUAAAGUAUAGUUUUGCAAUUCGUAUACUGUUUUCUAAAACUAAGGUUUGUUCUGGUUGCUGCAAGCUCAGCUGAAUCUGUGAGCCUGAAAACUGUUUCAAAAUUUCCCCCAAUAGGAGCUAUUAUUUCUGAGGUUGUUCUAAUUCGCUAGGCAGGCCUGAGCGAACAUAGGUUUAGCCUGUCCCUAUUGAGUAAAUAGGGCAUGCUAUAAGGGAUAAUUAAAAAACUUGAUGACUGGGAAUGAUAGAGGAAGAACAGAAAUUUAGACCCAGUUCUCCCCUGAGAAAUCUUGUUAACCACAUUAGGUAGUCAAAACAGUAAUCUUUACCAUAUCUGCUGUACUAACCCCGAUGUGCAUAAUGAGCAGGCAGUGUUCAAAUGAGUUUUUAAUUUAGCUCUCCUUUCAUCUGUGCACAUAAAAGCACCUGGCAAAGCAUUUUACCAUUAGGGGGAAAAAAAAAUGCAAUAAUAUGUUAAAUAUAUUAUUAUUCAAAAAUGCUAAACAAAUAUUUAGUUUGUAAGCAGAUUUCUAUAUUGUAUUACCUUUUUGAAAAUAGAUUUGGUACCAUUGUAAAGUUAAGCUGUCAAAAACAGUCACCAUUAUCAAUAGUCAGUAGAGUCUGCUUUUACUAAAGAAUUUAACUUAUUCAGGUUCAAGAUUCUGUUUAUUUUUAAGGGCAAGCAGGGCAUAUCUUGAUAAUUUCUAUUAAUUUUAAAAUUCACUUUAUUCAUGUGAUAUUUCUAGUACCAGAGUGGUUAUCUCAUAUUGAUGAAAUCUUACCUUUUAGUGGUUGAAAAGACGGAAGUUAUCUGUGAGUACUUGUUUUUCAAAAUCCACAUAACCAUGCUUCGGAUGACCUCUUGCUUUUUCUUUGUCUCUCAUAUUCAAAUUAUCUGACACCUACCAAAAACAGUUUAUAAUUAUGUUUUGACAGCCCAAAGGGUAUGGUUAAUGUCAGGCAGCUGCUUUUGCAGUACUAAAUAAAGCACCUGGUUUGUGCCCCAGAAGUCUUCCAUUAAUCUAUCCAAGAAGAAGAGCCCACUGGAAAUCUGGAUGGAAGAGUUCAGUGCAUCCCUUGGUUAAAGAGUUUUCUCUUUCCCUUCCCCUACCCCUCCAUUCUUUAAUUGGAGUACACAGCGUGUUUUAAUAGGCAGUGUGUCAGUAUUGUUUCUGUGGAAAACUGUCAUAAAGGACCAGGGUUCCUUGAGCUCACCUAGGUUCCUUGAGCUCACCUAGCCUGUGACCCACAUGUGGCCAGCUCUUAAGAUUCCCAUGACCCCACUCUUUGGACCUAGUGUCUUCACAUUCUUUUGUUUGCCCCAAAUGUCAGAGACCAGUGUAGAAAUUAGGAAUAAAUUAUUAAUGCCCAACUUUUCAGCAAAAUGUAUAUAUAGUAGUUUUCAUACAUAAAAUCCAUAUCCAUAAAUGUUUUAAUCUUUUAAUAUAAUUCCUACAUUCCUCUCCCAACAUAUUCCAUUGUCGUAACAAUGACACUUCUGAUGAUAUGUAUAUUUACUCUGAAAAAGUAUUCUGGUGGUGAUAUGGAUAGUAAUUGACAAUUUUUCUUUAAAAUUUCUGCUUUUCUGCCUCUAGAGUUUUGCAGCAUACAAGCUAGAUUUGCCUGAUUGAUAGACAGAUAUACUUUAAUAUUUUGACACAGCUACCUUGUCAUUUCAUCUGUGCUUUGGUUCACAGUGGGCUCAAGGGACUCCUUUCUAUAAUCGAAUGAAUUGACCUGGACUUGAACUCCCAGGUGAAUGUUUAUAUUCCCAUGCAGAUAUAGAAGUCCACAUUGUGUUUGGUUCAUUCCUCUUUUUGGUUCUUCAGUGAGUAAAAAAAAAAUGGUGUUGCUAACCUAACAUUUAUAUAAGUAUACUGGAAAAUCCAGUCGGGUGCCCUUACUUGGCAUGUUUAGGAUGGACUAAGCUAUUGUUUUACCACUUACUGCUUAAAUUACCUCGCAAGGUCUCCAGUGCCUGCUUUACUUACAUCACUGAAAUUCUCAAAACCAAGAAAGUCUCUUCCCUUACGUUUUAUACCUCCUGGUUGAAAUUUCUCUCUUCGUGAGUGGAAAAUGACCAUGAGAUAGGUAAACUGUGGUGCAGAUGAUGGAGCUUUGAAAGUUCUUUAGCCAGCCAGUGCCGGGCCAUUGGAGACCCUAGACAGAAACAGAUUCCUCUCCACUAGCACUGUGUAGAUCACAGCCUAGAAAUGAGCCAAAGCUGUCUUCCAGCCAGAGAGAAGCAUAGACAUGUAUCUGCUUUCCCCGCCAGCCUAUCAGAAAUUUAAUCCCCCAAAUGAACAAAUUCAAGAUUCACACAGUCAUUGAAAUGCUUUCAUAGUGCUUGGUUUGUAAAUAUUUUGGGUGAAAGGUAUUGGGAGAGUAUGAAAAUCAGCAGGAGACAUGGUCCCUGCCUUAUUUUCAUAUGCUAUGAAUACAUCUCUGGGACUUGCAGCACCCUUCUCAAAACCCAGAUGUCAUAUGGAGCUCAUUUGCUACUCGAACCCUAGACAGGUAUUUAACAUAAGUGAUAUAAUGACCUUCAGUAUUUUUCUAUUGAACAAGUUUAGCGAUUUUUGCCAUUAAACAGAUAAUUAGUUAUGCAAAGUAUUUAGCUUUUAUAAUCAUUUUAGUUAUGACUAAAAGGGGGGAAAUUAUGCUGCAUCACUGAUAAUGAACUUUGUGAAAAAUUUUUGUUUAUCUGACUUUCAUUCCUUCAGUAUUCUUGCUAUAAAUUUCUUUUGGAGAUAAUGAUAAAGAUUUAUUUGAAAAUGUCUAAAAUGUAUGUAUAUUUUAUAAAUAUAUAUUAUAUAUAUUGUAGGAAUAUAUAUAAUAUAUAUAGACUAUAUAUAUUAUAUAUAUAUAUUAUAUAUAUAUAUAUAUAUAUAUAAACCAUAGGUGCAUUUUACUGUUUUGUAUUUUCAUUCUUAGAGGUCGUGUACACCACAGGUAAUGAUGAGUAUGAUGAGUGUUGUGCUGUUUGCUUUUGCAGUAUAAUAUAUAGUUCUAAAUGUUUCAAUUACUGUAUAUACUAUAUUCAUUAUAGGCUAGCAUGCUUGUUUUAAAGACUGUCAUUCUAGUUUAUUAAAAUCUGAAUGUAAGAAAACCUGGCUAUUCAAAUGUGAAUUGAAAAAUAUUCCAUUCUCAGUACUGAACUAUUUCCAUUGAACAUUCAGGAUUUUUUUUAACAAAACAGAUAUCAUCAAGAAGGCAAUAGCUAGAGAAUGAGAGGUGCCUUUAAAAUAAAAUACAAAUGCAGCCUUACAGUGAGGAUGAGGAUUGAGCUGGGGUGGGGUGGGGGGCUAUGGCAGAGAGAGAUUGAGAGACAGAGAGAGAGUGAAUGUGUGCGCGCGCGUGUGCGUGUGUGUUUGCCAGUCUGUGAAGAUCCUGAUUUGUGACCAUCAAUGUCUUUUCAGUGUAUCUGCUCAACUUCUAGGAUUUCAAGGGACAUUUCAUGCACUGUCUUCGUGCUCUUCUGAGCACCACAUGUACUUUCCAAGGAUUUUGAAUGUGAAUUCCUAGAAAUUUCAGUAGACAGGAAAAUAACUAUUCUUCAUGAUAGUUAAGUUCAGGUAAAAGGAGAAAUUAUUGAUUCACCAAAAUUAUGGGAUCUUCUAAUGUUGGCUAGGUAAUUUUUUUAAAAUGUAAUUUUUAAAGGCUUACUUUUUUAGUACUUCAUAUAUUUCCCUCUUACACAAGAGCAUGCCAUGAAAUUCUUCUGUGAUGAAGAUCCAACUAGUAAAAAUUAUUUUUAGAUUAAACACCUGAACUAGUUAAAAUACCACCUAAGAAUAGUGUUUAAAUGGCAUCUUUCAUAUCUACCUCGUUGUCAUUGCUGCCAUUUUAAUGAAAGCAAAUCUUUAUGACAUCAGAAAUGACUGGAUGCAAUUUCUCUGUUGGUGCUUUUCUCAGGCUUUGUCAUUUAAGUUAUAUUGAACUAAGAUGUCACAAAUCAGAUUGAAAGACUCAGAGUUUUGGUUUUCUUUUGAAAGAACUGCUUAAAAUUUAUCAUCAGUGUUGAUAGUGAGUGGAUAUAGUUCAACUCUGGUUAGUAUACGUCUGUGAUAUUUUCAACCAAGAGCCAAACUGUUACUGAAUUUACAUGGAAAAAGAGCUCUAAGUACAGUUUUCUUCAGCUUACUUUAUUCUUUGAAAGCUAUUUCAAGGCUAUUAAGUACAUAAUCAUUAAUUUUAUGUACUCAGAAGUUGCCUUUGUUACUGUUACUUGUCUAGUUAUUUAUAUAAUUGCAGUACUUUAUGUGUUUGACACUGGGAUUCAGGUUGUAUAAAAGUAGUAGCUGACUGAAAAUUAUAUGUAUAUUUUUGUGAAAUGUGUCAAUUCCAGAAGUUCCUUUUAAGGGAAGGUCCAGAAAACAUGUCCAUCUUUAAAAACAAAGGACAGGUCAUUGGUAAAUGAUUUGAAUCAUUUUUACUUUCAGCACUGAAAGCUUUUUAAUUGGCCGUAUCCAUCAUCUAGCUGGACCUCCAUGUCAGUGUAAGGGACACCAGAUUGACAAAGUAUUUAGCAGAUUGCAUCAGUUUUGUUUUUGUUUUUCUGUUUUCGUUUUUUUUCUUAAUCGGAGAAAAAAAAAAAAACACAAAAAAACAAAAACCAAAAAACUAAUCUAGGCCAAACAGAGAUCCCUAGAUUCCACUUAUUUAUUCUAGCAGUAUUCCUGAAGUGGUGCUUAGGGGUCAGAAUUUUCUGGAUCUUUGCUAGUUAAGCUUUAGAUUUGAUUUAACUGGGACCACAUGGUUGCCAUCCCUGUGAUGCAAAUUAGAAAGUUCAUUUUAAUUUAGAUUAACUUUAAUGUCUGCCUGGAUUUUUAACAGGCUGUGAACCAGUGAGUGCCUUGUUAAUGUAGAAUGAUUUUCCCUGGUUGUUAGCUCCUUUCUGAAAAUGUCUCAGAGAAUGGUAUUUUAGUUGACUUGUACAGAUCUGCUAAAUUCGGUAUUAUCAGCAGUCAGAAAGCCUUCAGUCUACCAUGUACCUCCCUCCCUACUUUCUUCUCAUUGUUUGGCUGAAGUUUGCCUCUUGUGAGAAACAAAUUCGACCCCCCUCUCCACCACUUUUUUCAAUCCAGAUUAAGAGGUAUUCCCUACAUGCAUUCCAACUGUAUGAUCUAAUAUCUGUUUUUAGGAGGAACCACUUCUUUGUAAUCCUGAAAUCUACUGGUUACUUUACGUCCUUCUUAACUUCAGUUUACUAGAGCUGACUCCAGGGCAUCAUCAGUUUAGAUUCCUACUAAUUUCUUUUCUCCACUCCCCCCACCCUCACCCCCUCCCCGCAACUGGUGGGCCCUGGACCAGAUUGUUUGAUCUUCAGGUAUUUUUAAAUUUAGUUAUAAUAUCAAUUAAUGUAAAUUAAUCCAAAUGCUAAUUUUUGUGGUGCAAGAAGUUUCUUUUGUAAAUUCAGGGUAUGGAUAAGCUAAUUAAGAUAUCUUUAUUUGGUGGCUCUAAGUGUAUUAUUUGUUUUUAAAUAAAGUGUACAAAUAUAGAUAAUGUGCUAUAGGUGUCUGAUGAAUUGAAAUAUUUUGGAAUCUAGUGGAUUUGCAGUUUAUUAUAAAAUACUUUAAUACAACUUGAUUUUGUUUUUUCCAGUGGGGGUGGGGCAGAAGAGGCAUGCAGAGGAAUGAAGGAGUGUUAGACAAAGUAGAUGUGAGUCCAAAAUAAUAAGCCAGUCUUAAUUAUUGAUUGUGAGGAAGAUAGAGAAAUUUAUCAUUAUAGAGUGUGAACCUUUGGAAAGCCAGUAAAAUUAAAAUACCCCAUGAGAUUGGAUAAUUGAUACUUUCAGGGACACACAUAUAUUUUUCAAGUGUUUAGUUAUAUAUUUUAAAAAAAAUUAUACACACAUAUAAAUUUAAUGUGUUUUUAUUUUUAUUUAAUUUUUUGUUUGGCUACUUAACAGACAUAAGCCCUCCCCUCCCCCUUGCCUUUUCAGAUCAACAUUAGUUUUCAAGAGCUGUCUCUGCCCACACCUCACAGUCUCUUUGUUCCAAUCUGAAGCCACCAUACUAUGUGGAAUCUGAAAGUGUCCUUGAAACUAUCUGCCGUUCUCUGAUGUUUUUGUAUUCUGCUGUAGCGAUGAGUUUAUAUCCUUUAGCACGUACACAUUCUUCAGCAGUGUCAGAAAUACCCCUUUUUGUGCCUUUAAUGAGAACUGAGACAUUGCUGGAGUAAUUUUUGAGUAAUCUAGUACAGAAGGCUAGGAAGAAGCCAAAGUUUUUUCAUGGAUUAAUGGGCCCUCUGGGGUGCCCCAGAGUGUUCCUCUGACCUGCAUUGGGUUCCCCGAGACCAUCACCGAGGUUUUGAGGGGCCCCAGAGAUGUUCUGGCACUUAGGAUAGUCCCCAGGAACACCUAGGAAUCUGGCAGCGCCACGUAACUCAAACACUGUGGCUGUGAAGUGCCCCUCCAUUUGUUCCUUAUUAGUUCACACCUGUUGCUUACAGUGAUCAGGAUAACUCUGAUUUUAUGGGGAAUCACUGGUAUGCACCUCUAAAAAUUGGAAACCCUGUCUUCUGGAACACUAACUUAGUAUAGUUUGUAUACUUUCAAAACCACAGAAUUCAAAGUUCACCAACCACAAAAUGACUCACUUUGCAUUUCACUUAGAUCCUACAACCGUCCUUUCUCCAUCCUAGUGGUUUAAUUAAGGGUAAUGGUGGUUUUAGUCAGACUUGAAGAAGGAUCUAUUUGAGUGAACAAAAUCUGCAAUAUCCUGCUAACAGGAAGGGCCUAUUUUGUAGAAAAUUCCCUUGUCCUCGAUGAUUUAGCCAUUCACCUUACAUUGCAGGCUGGUCCAGAUGCUAACUCCGCAUUGACUUUCCCUGUGUGCCUCUUUAAAGAUAUAAUUAAUCCAGUAAUGUAAAGGAGAACCCACCAUAAAACAUCUGUUAAAUAGCACUUGGAGCACUGGAAUGAGUAUGGCUAAUUCAUGUGCCAAAGUUUUCUGUGCUCUCAUAAACUGCAGUAUAUAUACCAGGUUCCCAAUCUCUAACCUCAAACCACAGAUAUUUUUGAAUUACCUCAUAUAAUAGCAUCACCAAGUUAAGGGUAAUGGUAAGGGAAACCCAUCAUUUACAAAUGAAAUUUCCCAAACUGAAAAACUUUUUUUAAUUAAACACUGCAUGGAAUGCAAAAAUUUUAUGUUUAGUAUGAGUUGUAAAAACAAGGAGUUUGUGACUUGUGUAAGAUGUGCUGAAAUGUUAAAGUACACUGACAUCUAGCUAUUUUCUGAGUGAAAUGGACCAAGGCAGUAGUUUUUCAUAAGUAAGAUUAACUUACUUAGAGCAAAAGAAAUCUCAUCAGAAAGUUUACUUCGGGUGCUGGCUAACUUGGGUGAGAGUGUGGGGAAAAACUACCGUACCAAGAAGGAAAAGCCACCAGCCAUUGGCUCCCUUUUUUCUUUAAAUGACUUGGAACGAUGACCUCUGAGAUCUUUUGACCUCUAAAAGUGAAUGGUUCCAAUUCUGCCUUGUCAUUGCUCCCUGUUACCUAAAUGAAAGAUUUUUAGGAAGUACAUCAAAAGUAUUCUAGAGCUCUCAGGUAAAGUGUCAGCAUAGCUUUUAUAUUUUAGGAAGCCAUAUUAACAUAGACCCAAGUAUGUUGUGCCACUUGUAUAUGUCAGAAUGACGACCAGAAAUGUAAAAAUGUUCUCAUGAGGCCAAGUGAUAAUCCCAUGCAAAGAUCAGAAAGUCAUUUGUGUAGGAUGAGUUGUUUUGAGUGAUUUUACUAUGCUUUCAAAACCAUUUAAAAAUAUAUUUGCAUAUUUCUCUACAGACUUUUGAGCCCAUAUAUUUCAGAAUAUCCUGUUGGUGGAAUAAUUUUAUUCAGUGUGUAUUUUAGAAAAAGAAUUCAGUGGUCUCACAUCUUUUGACAGUUAUUAAUGAUCAAACUCCUGACACUCCCUCCCCUUUUCCUCCCCUCCCCGCUGGAACUCAUUGGUAUGUAGACCAGUAGCAUAUGUCUCCAUGUUUUGGCUGCCUGGAAAAACAGCAUGUUUGUAUAGUUUGCAGAUAAACAUGGAGCCUUGUGUAUUUGAUACAUGUCAAAAUGAUUGUGAAUAUCGUGUAAAUAAUGUUAAUUAGCAGUGUCCCCUCAGCUAACAACAUUAAGGUUAGAUUCUGCCAAUUACCAUUCAGGAGUUUUGAAAGUAUGCACAUUGAGCUAAAAUACCACUUAAUUCAUUUAAAUGGAAACUUUAUUUUUCAGUGAAACAGUACGUGUUCAGUUUCCUUGUAGAUCUCAGGGUCAGAAGAAAUCAGGCUUUCUCCCAACUCUAAAACAUUCAGGCUUUCUUUUAUUCAUUUUGGUCAGCCUUUUAAAUUAAAUAAGCAAGACAAUAAACUCCUAUUUCUCAUAUCCUACUAUACUUGGGAAUACACAUCUAAUGAUUCCAAUUAAGAAAAAAUAAACCCUGCAAGCAGGCUUCCCCCCACCCCCCCCCUCCCUGUCUUUAGGAACAUCAUUGCUUUCUGGAGGAGAAAUUAUUUUACUUCAGAAAAUGAAGGUGAGAGAUCCAUGCAGUUUUGUCUCCUUGAUAUAUGCAAGUUAUGUACAGCUUGCCUCUGCAGAAAAACACAUUUUAUUUUGUAUGAUUUUUAAAAGUUAUUUUGGAAGUACAAAAAUCAGCAAGGAAGAUGUGAUAAGUUUAUUUUAUAUACUGUCUUUCAAAAUCUUAGAUUUUUUGUGUUGCAUGGGAAGCAUGUAGUGAUGAAUUUUAUUAUGAAUGCCUUGUUUCUACCCCAUCCUCAACUCACAUUUUACAUAUUAUGUAUUGCUCAGUGUCACCUAACUAAAACAGGUAAAUGAUUGCUUCAGUCUCUAUAAGCUCAUUUGUUUUUCUUAUAUUCUGCUUAGCACCUCUCCUGGUGCCUUCCCAUAUAAAAAGUACUCAAAUACUAUCUGUGGGUUGAGAAAUUAGAAAGCACAUUUUCAAAACUCUAAAUCUAUCCAGAUCUUCAAAGACAAAAAAAUCAUCCCUGCAGGUUCCUAGCCGAUCGCAGAUAUAUUUAGAUCUGUGAGGCUGAUCCUAAGAUUGAGGUCUGUACCCUAACUGAGGAGGAAUUUGGAUCUCACCUGGAAGGUGGCGGCAGAAUGGCCAAGACACCACCCUCCUGCACACUUCCAGUCCUGCCUACAUGGGAAUUAAGCAGAGCAUGUUGGGGACAAGGACAUGUGUCUGAACACUGUUAAUGGUGCAUCUUCUUUCCCUGACCUCUCUAGCACCAACCCACUGGCCUUUGAUCUCUUGUGGGGCAGCUCCUCCAGUCUGGAACUUAAACCUGCCGGGACUGUCUUGGGCCCAGGCCAGAUCCACCACCCUUUCCUUGCAACUCUCAGACCGUCCAGCUGUUCCUAACUGGCUGUUUUUUUCCCAAAGAAGUAGGAAAUACCUCCCAGUAGAAGAUUGUCAAGAAAGGCAUUCCGCUGGGGGAACUUGCCUUGGAUUUGAAGAAUCUAGGACAAAUCCCUCGGGAUGUUUUCAGGGCUGCUUUUUGCCUAGAAGAUUUGAUGGUAAUUAUCUAAAUGUUUAUUAACUCUCCUGGGACCGAGCUCUGUGUUGUCUUGCUUUGCAGCUACCAUUCCACCAAGGCCCAAGUGGCUUGCAGCCUUGAGCUGAAAAGCUGAAUUGCUUCAGGAGCAAAAUAGUCAACAAGUUAGAGACAGACUGUAUUUUAACAAUCAAAUGACUUUUAAAUCAUUAAGAGAAUCAUCAGAAGAGUAGUGAAUUGAAUUUUUCACAUUUCCAUUUCUAAAGGCUUAUUAUAAACAAAAUUGAGUGUGAAAUGUUCAAUUAAAUCUCAAAAUAAUGUUAAACCUAUAUAUUAUGUAAGAACUAUUAGCUCUUCAAAUUAUUAAAAGAGGAUUAUUUUAAGAUCAAUCCAGGACAAAGGAAAGAACAGGAUUUUGACCUGGACACAGGACAUUGUCGGUGAAACUUUAGUGAGACUAACUCUUAUGAAUUGGGUUUCUCAUCUAUGAAAAGGGGAUUAUACAUCUGCCUGAUAGAUUGGUUUGAGAAAAGAGAUAAAAACACCUGAUAAAAUGUUGGGCAGUCUUAAUAAGCAUCCAACAAAUAAUUAUUCACACCCUGAGUUCAGACUUCUUGUCCAUGUAAUUCUGUCACACUCCUGGUAACUUCUAGAAUAUCAGAGUUUUAGGAGAAAUGAGGUUAAAAUGAACAUCAAGAGUAGCCCUAAAGAAGAAGUUACUCCUAAAAUAUUACUUUCCUCAAUAUUUGAGUGCCUGCUGUAUGUCAGUCAGUUCGAGGUGCUGACAUUCAGCAGUAGACAAAGUCCUUUACCUGAUACAGCUUACGUUCCAGUUGGGAGGAACAAAUAAUAUCAAUAAAAAAUAUCGAAUAUUGGUGAUAAGUGCUAAAGGAAAGGAGAUGGGUGUUUCACAGAUGUAAAUAGGGGUACAAUUUAAAUUACUGCAAUUAACUAAAAGAGAAACACAAGGGGCACGUGGCUGGCUCAGUUGGAAGAGCAUGCGACUCUUGAUCUCGAGGUCAUGAGUUCGAGCCCCAUGUUGGCUGUAGAGAUUACUUAAUUAAAAAAAAGAAAAAGCAACAAGUGAAGUAAUGAAGAGACAUAAUGGCAGAACUCCUAUCCCACCAUACCAUUCCACUCCCGCCCCGUCUUGUAACAGCCCGGUCUAUGUAUCCCUAUUUUCGUUCAUCCAGAUAGGUGCACACAAAUACUACACAGGGUUUUGUCUUACUCUACAUGUUCUCUGCAACUUGCUUUUAAAAUUUAAUGUGUAUUUUGAGCACCUUCAAGUCCAUACGUAGACUUCUUUUAAAUUCCUUAAUCUACACACACACUCUCGUGUAAAUGAAAUGAGAUUUUUUGGUGUGUCUGUUUGCUGUAAAUAAGGGGGAUAACACAUACCCUCUGCAUCUUUUCUCAUCCAAAAAUGUGUGAUGGAAAUCCCUCCAAGUCUGUCUCAUAGCCGUCAUUUCAUUCUUCCGAAUGCUGUAUAAUACUCUGUGAUGAUGACUUAAACUUCUUCUCUAAUUAAUGGACAUUUACUUUGCUACCGGUAUUUUCACUAUUAUGGUAACUCAUGACCAUGAUGGUGUCACUUCUGUGGAGUAGAUUGCCUGCAGUAGGAUUGCUGGUUGACAGCUACGUAGAUUUAAAUGUUUUUAAUAACUAUUGACAG